AUGGCGACCCUCAACGUCAAGGAUGCGCUCUCCUACCUGGACCAGGUCAAGGUCCAGUUCGCAGAGCAUCCCGAUGUCUACAAUCGCUUCCUUGAUAUCAUGAAAGACUUCAAGAGCCAAUCUAUAGAUACCCCGGGCGUCAUCGAAAGGGUUUCCACCCUCUUCCGCGGACACCCAAGCCUUAUCCAGGGCUUCAACACCUUUUUGCCUCCCGGCUAUCGCAUCGAGUGCAGUCUCGACCCAAGCGAAAGCAAUCUCAUCACUGUCACAACACCUACAGGUACAACUACACAGACUCCAGGCGGUGUCGGUAUUGCCGGUGCCAUCAACCGCAUGAGCGGCACUGGCUCUGGUCCACCGCCAGGUCCAUCCAGCCAGCCUACCGGUCCUAGAGGUCCAGGCGGUAUGGCUAUGAUGCACGGCUCUGGCCCCCGACACGCAGAUCAGCCUUCAUCGCACAUGCAUCCCCCUCCUCAUGGCUAUGAUGGUCCUCCGGGUGCUAUGCCACCCAUCGGCGGUCCACCCGGUCAUCCGAUGGCUCAUGGUCCUGGAGGCGCCAACUUCCCUGGCGGCGCAGGGCAGCCCAUGGGUCCUGGUGGCCCUCAGCAUCCCGCUCACGGCCCUGGCCCUGGUCCGAUGGGUCCUGUCCCUCCUCAUCACGGCCAUGGCCGUCCUCAAUCGCCGAUGCCCAUCGGUCCUGUAGCUGCUCCGCCUGGCGCUCCUGGCUCUAGCGGUCACACAGGCAUGCAUGGUGGUCCCGCUGGUCCUAUGACGCCUGCCCAGGACCCCAAGCGUCCACCAGUCGAGUUCAAUCACGCCAUCAACUACGUCAACAAGAUUAAGCAGCGCUUCUCCCAAGACCCUGACACUUACAAGCAGUUCCUCGAGAUCUUGCAAACAUACCAAAAGGAGCAGCGCCCCAUCCACGAUGUCUACGCUCAAGUCACCGUUCUUUUCGAGAACGCAAAGGAUCUCCUUGAUGAGUUCAAGCAGUUCUUGCCCGACACUUCUGCCGGUGCACAGCCAAGCGGAGGUCUCUUUAACAUGCUCGGUCACGUCACCUCGGGGCUUGGCGGCAACGCUGCCGGUGGACCAUCAGGUGCUAUGCCAGCUCAGCCAGGGUACCGAGGUCCUCCUAGUGAGGGUCCUGAUGCAAACCGCAAGGCAGGCUCAGCUGCCAUUCCUGGUGCAACACCUUCUGGCUCGCGCAAGAAGCGAAGCGGCGCCAACGAGUCUGGCAAACCUGGCUCUGGCAAGACCAAGAAGUCGAAGCACGGCCAUAAGGCGGAGCAACGCACCCCACCUCUUCGCCAAGAGCCGCUCCCUGCCUCGCCCACCUUUGCACACCCAGGACAGAUGCACCACGUCUACGGCAUCGAUGGGAUGGUCGCUGCCGAGGCUACUGGUCUCGUGCCUCAGGGAACCGUCGUCAAUGGCCUUGCUUUGGGUCAGCCUCAGGCUCCUUUGGCAACCCUCGACGAAGUCGCCUUCUUCGACCGUGUCAAGAAGCACAUCGACGACCGCACCACCUACCUCGACUUCCUCAAGCUGCUCAAUCUCUACACUCAGGACAUCAUCGAUGUCAAGACUCUUGUCGAUCGCGCUGCGCUCUUCAUCGGUGGCAACCGCGAGCUUUUUGCUACUUUCAAGGGCUUGUGUGGCUACGACAUGGGUCGACACGGCUGGCUCGACAAUGAGGAUCCCAUCGUCGAGAAUGUGCCCGCUCCCCUACGUGAGCGCGUCGAUCUGAACAACUGCAAGGUCUACGGAGCAUCGUACCGCAAGUUGCCCAAGUCUGAGGUCAACCUCGCUUGCUCUGGCCGUGACCCGAUGUGCUGGGAGGUUCUCAACGACAGCUGGGUCAGUCACCCCACCUGGGCUUCGGAGGGUGAGGGCUUCAACCCUCACAAGAAAAACCCCUAUGAAGAUGCACUCUACCGAUCCGAAGAGGAGAGGCACGAGUACGACUACCACAUCGAAGCCAACCUCAGGACCAUUGCUCUUCUCGAGCCUAUCGCUGCUCGUAUCUCGACCAUGGACAACGAGGAGAAAGCCGCGUUCCGACUCAAGCCCGGACUCGGUGGUCAGAGCAAGAGCAUCUACCAGCGUGUCAUCAAGAAGGUCUAUGGUCGCGAACAAGGUCUUGAAGUCAUCAACGCUCUUCACGACACUCCUUGUGUUUCUGUUCCCAUUGUUUUGCACCGACUCAAGCAGAAGGAUGAGGAGUGGAAACGUGCUCAGCGAGAGUGGAACAAGGUCUGGCGUGAAGUCGACGCAAGGAACUACUACAAGAGUCUCGAUCAUCAGGGUGUCAACUUCAAAGCUUCCGAUAAGAAGGCGAUCACUGCGAAGGCGUUGAUUGCUGAGAUCGAGGCGAGAAAGCUUCAGCAGCAGCAACGCAGGCUUAGCAUGGAUCCGACCUUGCCAAGGCCCAAGCCUCGUCAUCAGCUGGUGUAUGUGAUGGACGACAUGCACGUCUUGACGGAUGUGCUCAAGCUUGCUUUCAGUUAUUUGGAUCGUGCGACGGGGAGCUACAGCUCGAAUGAUAGGGAGAGGAUCGAGGCUUUCCUUCGUUCUUUUGUGCCUAAGCUUCUUGCUGUGGUUCCGGCUGAGUUCGAGGAGCUGCUCAAUGGUGAUGUAGACUUGGACGAUGAUGAAGGCAAGAGUCUUGCUGAUGACGAUGCUAGGAGUGAGUUCACUGCUGGUGACGAUGACACUGAUGCUUCUUCUACUGCUUCUGGCUCUGCUAGUCGUAGAGGUAAGAAGCAGGCUGGUGAUCUGCGCAAGAAGAUCUUGAAGAGCCAGGCCGAGACUUCGAAGCAGAACGAGGAUGGGGUAGAGGAGUCGGCUGAUGCUACUGGUGCUGCUGCCUCCGCUAAUGCUCGUGCUUCGAGUCCUACUAUCGUUGCCGAUGUCGAUUCUGUGGCGGAGGCCAUGGCCAAUCAGAACUCCAACACUGUCGCUCCUGCCGUUGCUUCGGCUGAAGAUGUCGACAUGGAGGAUGCGUCCAAGCCUGUUGAAGAUCCUUCUGCUUCCAAGGAGGGGUCUGCUGACAAGGAAGCCACCUCUACCGAGCAAGCUGACGCUGCUAAGGCAACUGAAGCCGGCGAGGCCAGCAAGGAAGCCGGUCAAGAAGACGCCCCUGCCGAAGCCGAAGAGCCAUCCAACCCCAACGCAGCCACCUGGAUCAACACCGACCUCAACGCCACCUUUGACUCCUCCAAAGGUCACAACGUGAGCGUUCGCGAUGCUGUCGAAGACCAAGAUUCCUCCUCCAUCCGACCUGUUAACUUUUUCUGCAACAGUCAGUACUUUGUCUUCAUCCGACUCUUGCAGUUGCUCUACUCUCGUCUGCGCAAAGUCAAAGAACUUGGGGUUCAGAUGUCGAACAAGCAGCCGCUUCGCAGCAAGAUCAACCCACUCGCCAUCGAGCUUGGGUUGCAAGACGGCGGGAGUGGACCAGCUGCUGUUGUUGGGGCUGCUGCCAAUGCGUCCAGUCUUGGACCUGUUGCGCCGACCAACGAGGAAGCCGGGCUUACUUUACAUCCGUCGAGAUACUACGAUACGCUUUUGGACAUGUGCGAAAAGCUGUUCGACGGCGAUGUUGACCAGAGUACAUACGAGGAAAGCGUGAGGUACAUGUACGGUAUUGACGGCUACAUCGUUUUCACCUUGGAUAAGGUGAUCGGAGCGAUGAUCAAAGUAGUUCAGUUCUUGACGACGGAUAGCAAGUGUCAGGAGAUGCAGGCUAUGUUGGAUUCCCACCGAUCCAAUUCCAAUAGUACGUUGACCAGUUACAGGCAGCAAAUUGCAGAUAGGAUGGCAGCGGAGGGUCUGAUUGGGAAAGAUGAAAGCUUAUUCCGUUUGGAAUGGGUUCCGGCUUCGUGCACUUUGCUUAUUCAGAUGUUGUCGAAAGAUGAUUUGACGUUGGAUGACGCUAGGACUGUGGAGCAGAACUGGCUUCACUAUAUGUCGAGCUUUAGUCUAUGGACUCCGACUGAAGGGUUGCCUACUGAAGCGCAAGCGCCGUUUAUCAAGCGUUGCCUCUCAGGUAAUCGCAGAACGGACAACGAUGCGACGGGCAUGAGGCCGGAGGAUGAGAAGAAGGAGUUGGACAGGAAGGCGGCGGUGGUGGCAAAGAGGAGGAAUCAGAGAUGGAGCGAUUGGUUGAGUGCGAGGAGGCAGGCUAUCGAUCAUCCGGGAGUGGGAGGGGAGCGCGGAAUGGUGACAGAGGAGGGGCCGGCGGCGGGUGAACAACAGCAGGGUGUGGAGGGGAGUGCCGCUGCGACUGCCGGUGGUAGGGAGGAGGCGAACGCGCCGAAUGGCACUGCGGCUGAGGCUGGACAGACUGCUGAGGCUAGUGCUGAGGCAUGA